AUGAAUUCAAAAGGAUCAAAUGAUCCGCCUCUCGAAAAGAAACGGCGACUCUCUGUGAGAGAUCUUCCCCAAUUUUGCGACACAGCCGGGACCGUAUCGGUCGCCAGUUUUGGAGCCCGUCGUUUGCCCGAGCUCCGCCAUCUGUGGGAGAAAACCUUUCGGCGAGCUUCUACUCCCGAUCCCAGUAAUGUGGAAUCAUUGAAAAGUACAGGUUGUAAGACUUCGCGUCGUCAUUUGCGACGAAGGGCCACGAGCCAUUUGGGCCGCAAGCAUCAUCGUUUUCCAGCUGGACAGCAAGACGCCAACGCGCAGGAUAAGAAGUCGGAACAUUCGAUUAUCGAAGAGCCAAAGCUAACUCGCCGUAAACGACGGCGCAACACGGAACAUUUGCACUCCUCUCACGAAGAAUGGAAGGUUCCUAAGGGAGCAUUGGGUAUACCAUCGACAGAGGACAAGGAAUCGAAUGGCAACAAUCAUCGUCCUGAUAACUGGAUGCCAACCCAUCUUUGGCACGUGAAGCGAUUUCACAUGGAAUCUAUGUGGGGCUGGAAAGUGCCCAUGCUGCAUAGUAACCGAGGCGCGAAGGCAGCCUUGCGGCUAGCUCGCGAGGGGAAAACGAUCCUGCAUGACGCCACUUGGACGUCUCAACCAGUUUGGCUGCGUAUCGCGACAGAGGUUGUCCCCGAUAUGAUAGACCAAAUACGGAUCAUAAUUCCUGACUUUGCUUUGGACGAGACAAAAUUGCUUGAAGCGUUUGCAUAUCAACCAAGUGCGUUUCCUAAAGGAGGCAUCGGCCCGGUUGCUUGGCUUUGCUCCACCUCACCUCUUUUUGGUAGUGCAAAAGACGACACACAGAGCUGCUAUAUCUACUUUUUUUUACACCCUUCCAUUCAGCAAACUCUGCUACACAUUUUGCGACAAAUACUGGAGCCUUCGACUUUGACUGGGCCACUCUGCUUUGUUCACGGGGGUCUAUCGUGGUUAAGACUGCGUGGGAAGGCUGCCCUCGAAAGUCUCCUAAUGGCGAUGCUUUCUAUAGCAAAAGACGAAAAAAGAAGUACGGACAUUGGCGCCAUCAUUGCUGAUUUAGAAACGGGUAUUGAUUGCCAACUCUCGCACGUCCAGUGCAGAGCAGCUACUAAUCACGAAACCCCUAACAGCCAAGAAGUCAAGCUCAUCUUACGCCGUCCGGUACAAGUUGACUUCCAUGGAAAUUUUGGAUCUUGCGGUGUGGAUGUUGUGUGCGAGCCUAGUUUGGGUCAGAAAUUGCUGGUCGCUUUAGUUUUACAUGGUAUGGCCUGUCCGAUUGGUGUAACGGAGCUAGCGCACUUGGAGCUGGAAUGCGAACCUCCACGGCCGUUGUUUCCCCGGGACUAUCCUGACACCUCAGUCGGGAUGUCAUACUGGAAAGCAGCCCUGCCAGAAUGGAAAAUUUUACGGGCUUACUACGAGGGUGGCUUGGGAAGAAUCCGACCAGAUCUCUCGGAGGAUGAAACCACCGUUGUCACAGUGCGAGGUUCCUUUGGUCAACCCUUUCAGCAAGCCAUUAAUGGAAUAGGGUAUAUCCAUAGGAACGGGGACAAGGCGUCAAAUAGUGGAGCAGCUGCAGAAAGUCUUGUCAUUCGGCGGAGCCGUCGCAAGUCCGGCAAUCCAUCGUUACCCGUUCAAGCGCCACCCAUUUCUCGGGAUCAAGUAUCGCAGCAUAGAAACCUUUGCAAGACACUAUUGCUGUCCUUGUCGCUACCGGCUGUCCUUCUUGCUCAUAUUUGCUUGCACGAAAAGGGACAAUUGGACACGGGUACACUUUUGUACGCCACGGACGGUUCCGUCAAUGAACCAUUGGGUGUCGUAACGGCGGCCAUCUUUUCGUCUGGUCGGGGGCGGUACCACGGGAUUGCGGUGGUUGGUGCGGCGCGCCUUUUAGAAGCCUUGCAGCACGCCCACGACAGUUGCGCGGGUAGAAUUGUAGCGCCGCGGGUUGGGCCCAAACGUAUUGAAUUGGAAAUUGGCGUCGCUAGCAAAGUUGACAAUGUUUGGCACACUGUCGUUGCUGCUUUGAUGGCACAUCCGGUUCGGUUGUCGAAGUUGGGGCGGUGGGCCGCGUCUGCCACUUCCUCAAGAGUCUUCUUUGUUGGCGCACUGCGACUGACAUCCGCCUUCACUGUCGCCAACCCGACGAGUGCGGCGCUCACUCCGGACGCGGGCCUCCAGGAUGUCAAGCCCAUCCCAAUCACAGUUUUGGCCGGUUUUCUGGGCUCGGGUAAAACCACACUUCUUCAGAACUUGCUCGAGAACAAUGAGGGCUUGCGUAUCGCUGUCGUGGUCAACGACGUCGCAUCGGUCAAUAUCGACAGCAAACUGGUCGCCAAUCAGAAUUUGGCCUCGGGCAUGGUGGAACUACAAAACGGCUGUGCCUGCUGCUCACGAUCGGAAGAGUUGCUUGCCAGUGUGCAAGAACUCGUCACCUUGAGCGACACACGAGGAGAAGGCGAAAGUUUCCACCACAUCGUCGUGGAAAUGAGCGGUGUGGGGGAUCCCCGCAGCGUCCGGGCCAAAUUCCAGGAAGCAGUCCUGUACGAUAUGCCUUUGAUGCAACGUGCACAGCUCGAUACCAUGGUCACGGUGGUAGAUUGCAGUUCCUUUUUGACCAACUUGAACUCGGACAAGGUUGCCACGCCAGAGGACACUCCCGAGUUGUACUAUCGCGACGAGGAUGAGGCCAAAGCUGAUCGUAAGUGGAUGGAAGAUGACGACUUACCUCCAGGUUUGUUAGAGGCGAUCGAGGCCGGAGAUCGGGCAUCGGCUAACGCAGUUGCCGAUUUGCUCGUUUCGCAAACGGAAAUUGCUGAUAUUGUCCUCCUGAACAAAGUCGAUCUCGUGGAUGAGAGCAGUCGUGAUAUGAAACAGAUCGAAAACAUUGUUACAGCUUUAAAUCCUCGGGCGACUCUGCUCAAAUCCGCGUUCGGAAAAGUUUCUCUACAACAAAUUUUGGGGGUGGCUCAGGGUAUGGGAGUAGCGGAAGCAGGUAUUAUCGAUGACCAUAAAGAUGCGGUCAAUGCCGCGUUAGAAAUGGCGCACGAUCCUGAUUGCGAAGAUCCGAAUUGUGUAGAUCCCUCGCACUCCGAGGUUGUAGCCGUAGUGGACUGCGCCAAGCCCGACUGCACCGACAGUAGUCAUGAACAUUCGCAUACACACGCUUGUGACGAUCCGGCCUGUGACGAUCCUGCUCAUGCCAAAAUGACCGUAUGUGGAGAACCUGGUUGCACCGACAGCCACGAACACUCGCACACUCACGCUUGCGAUGAUCCAAGCUGUGACGACCCGGCCCAUGCAAAUACUGUCGCCGAAAGUGUCUGUAACGAUCCUGGCUGCACUGAAAGCCACGAACAUUCGCACGCACACGCGUGUGACGACCCAAGUUGUGAUGACCCUUCGCAUGGGGUUGAUGUGGGCACGCAUGCCGGAAUCGGAACGUACGUUUACACAUCGCGCCGUCCCUUCCACCCUACGCGUUUGCUUUCCUUUCUGCGAAAUCUUCCUGCAACGCGUGGUCUACCACCACUGGAAGCAGGCGAACCGGAUUUGGCUGUUUCGGCCACCGCGAAGUCGGCAAUGAAGAAAAUUCUUCGAAGUAAGGGGUUUGUUUGGUGUGCGGAUUCCUUUGAAGUUGCCCGCUACUGGAGUCACGCUGGUAUUUCGUUCGAAUUAACCAACUUGGGCAAAUGGUGGGCAACACUACCACGUGAGCAGUGGCCGCAGGAAGCUAUUCGUGCCAUUUUGGCCGAUUAUGACGAUGCCAACCACGACGACCAGAGCGCCAGUACAGGAACUGUCGGUGACCGACGUCAGGAAGUUGUUUUGAUCGGACCCGGUAUGGGUGGACCCACGGCACAAAAAGAAGUUUCGUCAAUUUUGGAUAAGUGUCUUUUGCGUGAUGAUGAAUUAGAUUUCUUCAACGAAAAGAAAUUGGACGAAGGGGCAUUGCAGAAAGCCUUUCCCAAUCCAAUCCAAGCGGGCAUCAUGAUAUUUUAACUCAGUGGGGAAGUGCACAUAAGGCGUAGUAAGUUGGUAGUAUGUAUCAGUGGACAACAGCGAUUUUUUGUGAGGUUAUGGGGGCCGUGCCCUUGCUAUUUGAAACAAUACAUGGCUGCUUCUCGGAGUUCCUUAAUACUAUCGUCUUCAUUCUCAUUCAAAAUUGUGAACUCGAAAACUCCACAUGAUAUUCCGUAUUCGAUUUCUUGGACGAUAUCCCGAAUCCUUCCUCG